UCUUUACAUUAUCCCUGCAUUACGUGAAAAAGACAAGGAUGUCUCAGUGCUCAAAUCUCUGUCCCUUAGCAGUGGCAGCGCAACCAAAACUACUCAAGAAGAGGCUCGAGCACCUUCAAUCCAAUCCUCAAACCGUCGUCACCGGCUCGCCUGUGCGUCGUCGAGUCUCCUCUUUCAGCGAAAGGUCGAUGGUGUAUGCAUUGUCUGCCUCCAGUACGAGCAUUUGCUUUCGAAAGGAGCCUCGCUCUGGUCGCUUUCGGAGAAAACAUUUUGUUUCCAUAAGGGCCUGCGCAUCUGCUUUGUCGCCGGAUAAUAUCAAUGGGUUGAAAGUCGAGUAUACGCCUUGGCUCGUAGCUGGUUUGGGGAAUCCGGGGAAUAAGUACUAUGGUACUAGGCACAAUGUCGGUUUUGAAAUGAUCGAUCGGAUAUCUGAAGAGGAGGGUGUCGCAAUGAACAUUAUUCAGUCAAAAUGUUUGAUUGGCAUAGGUUCCAUUGGAGAGGUACCAGUUCUGUUAGCGAAGCCUCAGACUUACAUGAACUUCUGUGGAGAAUCAGUUGGGGCACUGGCGGCAUAUUAUCAAGUUCCCUUGCGUCAUAUCUUACUGGUAUAUGAUGAGAUGAGCUUGCCGAAUGGUGUCUUAAGGCUACAACCAAAAGCAGGGCAUGGCUAUCAUAGCGGAGUAAAAAGUGUGACGGCCCACUUGGAUGGCCGCCGCGAAUUUCCUAGUGCCAUUUCAUGUCGGGUGUUUGCAGGCAUCGGAAAUCCACCUGGCGCCAUGGACAUGAAAGCUUUUCUUUUGCAGAAAUUCAGUUCCCUCGAGCGACAACAGAUCGGUGUAGCACUUGAGCAGGGAGUCGAGGCUGUGCGGAACCUGGUGCUUAAUGGGUUUGAUCAAAGCAUUGAAAGAUUUAACUUAGGACAGAAAUACAAGUUCCACAAGGUUUAAAUGGUUGUAUGCGACUUAUUUUUGACCCCUUAGUUGAUUACUUACUUAUGUGUCAAUUACUUAGGAUGGAUCUAAAAUGGAAAUUCAGAGGGUCUUCAUCC